CAAUUUUUCCAUUAAAGAACUUAUCAUCACAUCACUGCUCUGUCUCUUUCUGAAAGUUUAGAGAGAGAAAGUAGAGAGAGGUUGGAGUCAACUAGAGUGAUUAGAUUAGAGAGAGAGGGGAAGAAUCCAUCUGGGAUUUGUGGGCGUUCAAUUUAUUUUUUUUUGUGUGUGCAUCUGGGGAUUGGGGAAUUCUUUGCUUUAUCCCGAGUAUAUGCAGAGGAUGUCAAAGAGUCAUCGAGCAUUUGGCGGUGAUCUCUGUGCUCUUUUUAUGGUUUUUGUGGAUGUCUGAGGGAGUAUAGAUUAAAGCUAGCAAAUACCCUGGGGAGCAUUUUGAGUCUUUUGAUGAGUUCUCACAUAUAACUGAAGAAGAAGAAGAAGAAGAUUGCUCAGUACAGUAUUAGACAAGGGUGAACACUUGAAAUCAUUGAAAUAGGGAGGCAUGGAUAUGGAAGAAGUGAGAGAAAUUCAGAGGGAGGACUUGGGAGAGGUGAGAGACCAGCCGGAGGAAGCAAAGAGGAUUCCCCCAUGGACACAACAGAUCACAAUCCGAGGAAUUUUCGCGAGCUUAGUUAUUGGAGUGCUUUACAGUGUAAUAGUAAUGAAGCUCAACCUCACCACCGGGCUAGUCCCUAAUCUGAAUGUGUCAGCUGCUCUUCUUGCCUUCGUGUUCAUCCGGACAUGGACCAAGCUGCUUCAAAGGACCAGAAUUGUCUCAACUCCCUUCACUCGACAGGAAAAUACAGUAAUUCAGACCUGUGCUGUUGCCUGUUAUAGCAUUGCUGUUGGAGGUGGCUUUGGGUCUUAUCUCCUGGGGUUAAACAAGAAGACAUAUGAGCAGGCUGGGGUUGAUACAGAGGGGAAUUCGCCAGGGAGCUUCAGGGAACCUGGGCUCGGUUGGAUGACUGGCUUCCUCUUUGUUGUUAGCUUUGUAGGACUGCUGGCCUUGGUCCCUCUGAGAAAGAUCAUGAUAAUUGAUUACAAAUUACCUUAUCCGAGCGGAACUGCUACUGCGGUUCUCAUCAAUGGUUUCCAUACUCCUAAGGGAGACAAAAUGGCCAAGAAGCAGGUUCGUGGGUUCAUGAGAUUCUUCUCGAUCAGUUUUAUAUGGGCUUUCUUUCAGUGGUUCUAUUCUGGUGGAAAACAAUGUGGAUUCACCAACUUCCCUACAUUUGGGUUGAGUGCCUGGAAACAUUCAUUUUACUUCGAUUUCAGCAUGACUUACAUUGGAGCAGGGAUGAUCUGUUCCCAUCUUGUGAACUUGUCUUUGCUUCUUGGAGCGGUGCUCUCAUGGGGCAUGAUGUGGCCACUGAUAAGCGAACGCAAAGGAGAUUGGUUUCCCAAAUCUUUACCAGAAAGCAGUAUGAAGAGUCUAAAUGGGUACAAGGUUUUCAUUUCUAUUGCUCUCAUUCUAGGAGAUGGGCUCUACAAUUUUCUCAAGACAGUUUAUUUCACCAGUAGAAACAUACAUUCUUCGUUGAACAAGAAGAACCCCAAAACAUUUCCAGAAGAGAAGAAUCAGCCCCUUGAUGAACUUCAACGAAAUGAAUUCUUCCUAAGAGAGAGCAUUCCCAUAUGGGUAGCGUGUACGGGGUACAUCGUCUUCUCCAUCAUCUCCAUCAUUGCCAUCCCCCUAAUGUUUGCUGAGCUGAAGUGGUAUUAUGUCCUCGUUGCCUACAUUAUUGCACCAUCUCUUAGCUUCUGCAAUGCUUAUGGUGCUGGUCUGACAGACAUGAACAUGGCCUAUAACUAUGGGAAGGUGGCCCUCUUUGUGCUUGCAGCUUUGGCUGGGAAAGAUAGUGGCGUAGUUGCAGGGCUUAUUGGAUGUGGGGUGAUUAAAUCCAUCGUUUCCAUCUCCUCUGAUUUGAUGCAUGAUUUUAAGACUGGCCAUCUAACCCUCACUUCCCCUCGAUCGAUGCUUCUUAGCCAAGCCAUUGGAACGGCCAUAGGCUGCGUCAUAGCUCCUCUGACAUUCUUCCUCUUCUAUAGGGCUUUUGAUGUUGGGAAUCCCGAUGGAGAAUACAAAGCUCCUUAUGCUAUCAUAUACAGAAACAUGGCGAUUCUCGGUGUUGAAGGCUUCUCAGCCCUGCCCCAACAUUGCUUGCAGCUUUGUUAUGGGUUUUUCGCCUUUGCAUUACUGGCCAACUUGCUGAGAGACAUUUCACCAAAAGAGAUGGGAAAAUGGGUACCACUUCCAAUGGCUAUGGCAGUGCCUUUCCUAGUUGGUGCAUAUUUUGCAAUUGAUAUGUGUAUGGGGAGUCUGAUUGUAUUUGUGUGGCACAAACUAAACAGCAAGAAGGCCAGUUUGAUGGUUCCAGCUGUCGCAUCAGGUUUGAUAUGUGGAGAUGGCAUGUGGAUUCUCCCUUCAUCAAUCCUUGCUUUGGCCAAGAUUAAUCCUCCAAUCUGCAUGAGUUUCUUGCCUACUCUGAAGUCCUGAGAAACAAGAGGGUUCGUUGGGGAAGAGAGGGUGAAAGAGCAAACGAAUGAAAACAAUAAUUAGAUGCGUGCUUAACUUGUAGUUUUGGGCAGGUAUAGGGAUGAUAGAGAGGCACCUAAUGCCAUGUGAAAGAUAAUAAUCCAGUUUUCUUAUAUGAAUGUACUGAAACUAGUCUAGGACUGACUUGUGGGAGCCAAGGAUGGGGAAAGAUUGGUCCAAAGAUGUAUACAAACAACUAUAUGUUGUGGUGGAGAAGUUAUAUUUUAUAUAAUCAAAAGUCAACAUAUUUAACUCUUUCCUGGGUAAUCCACCGCACUAUUUUCCCGUUUGGAACACCAGAUAUCUUUUGAAAUUUUGGAUGGUCGAAUGAAAUCAACUCUUUGAACCACCAUAAACCAAAGACCUACCGCCUCCAAGAGUGCAUAGGACUUUAUCAGUGGAAAGACUUCAUCAGACCUGAUCAUGAUGAACCAUUCCACUCAAGGUUGUGUUAAAGGCCCCAUUCUCCUGUGCAGCUUCUACUUUUCUAGGUGCUGAGUAAUAAACUAUUUUUUUAGCCUGUGACAAAUUUGUUUCACAUUCUUUUUGGACCUCCAGUUCUUUAUAAAGAAAUCGAUUUCAACCAAAAAACUUCCCUGUACCAAGAAGAGGGAGGGAAAAAAGGCACAGAACACUUGAUACCUUGUGGAAUUAUCUCUGCCAGAUCUCGUUAUAGGCGAGACUUUCUGUAGCUGGUACAAUUUUUUCUUUCCUUCAUUUUUUUCUUCUUUUUUUUUUUUAGUUUUUAACAUAUGAGAUGAGA